AUGUCAAAAUAUUUUUUCAUCAAGUCGAUCAUUUUUAUGACCGAGCUCAUCUGGAAAUCGUCCGUCCAUGGUGCCAAGCGACAUUUGAUGGAUGAAAGAAUAUAUUACAAAUUGGAAGGCAAGUCCCUGAUUGGAAAUGUAACAGAGGUUAGAAAAGUGAGGGACUUCUUUGACUGUUCGUUCGUUUGCAUGAAGAAAGGCGUCCCUGCCUGUUUGUCCUUUAAUAUCGGUAGAGUCACUGAUGACGACGGCGACUAUGUGUGUGAGUUAAGCAACUCCGAAAGGUACAUGGAACCUGAAAGAAUGCAAGAACGGAUAAGUUUUGAUUACUAUGGCAUAACUACCGUGGUAAGUUAAGUUGUUUUCAUUUUAUUAAAAAGAGGGUGUAACUGGAUGAAGUUGUUUUCUUCAAAUUUCGUUUUUCCUUUCGAUAAAAACUCGAAAAAGUUUGCAAAGAACUCACGCUCGGCUGAUGUAUAAAUGUUUCAUCUGCGAGUCAAAAUACUACUUAUUCCAGCUAAGUGUAGAGGUUAAUGCGGACACCACGCGCGAGUGAUUUUUUUUUUACUUAUUUUGCCAAAAAGAGCAAAGUGAAAACAUGAAAAUGAAAAAGCUUAAAUGGGUUAAACUUACAGCUGUUACAUGACAACAAUUUUUUAGAAAAAUUCACAUUUGACCUGAAAAUCUUUUUUUGCACAAUUUUGGGAUCUUGAACGGCCUAUUCUCGAAAAGGUAAACGGAAACGUCAUUAUUUCUUUUCUGUAGAUGCUUUACAGCCUUCUGCCAACAUGUGACCUUAUAGCUUGUAAUCAUGGAGGAAAUUGCAUUCAAGGUCAGCGGUUGGGUAAAAUUACGUGUCAAUGCCUUCCUGAAGUUACUGUGUUGCCAUUCAUUGACGAUAAGUGUAAUGUUGGUAAGCAUAACUUUGAUCAUUAAGGAAGAUUUUUCCACUAUAGUUUGAGGCUAGAAGUACCAGAUUAGUAGGAAAAGACGUUUUCGAAUAAUUCUGAAGAGAAUCGAAAAUUGGUCUGCGGUGCUAAAAUUUGCAGAGAAUUAAUGGCGCAAUUUUGAAUCCUAACAAAAAUUUAUGUUACUGUCUCUCUUUCCAAAGAUACGAAUGCCAUGACGCAGCUCGAGGCCGUGAAAGGCGUUUUUCAUGCCCAAGUGGGCAGAUAUACCUUGACAUUUUACGACGCCCAACGUCUCUGUGCACUACUCGGGGCAACCUUGGCUACACACGACCAGUUAUACACUGCCUGGGAAGCUGGCCUCCAAAAAUGCGCGUGAGUAGUACUUUAUUCCUCUGUGUUUGCGACUUACUUGUCGUCUCCAUCAUACAUUUGCUCUAAGGUGUCCAGAUCUAUAAAGGAAGUAAUUUUUUUCGAACUGCUUAGAGUAAGGUAGCAUGUUAUCCACUCAGCACAUUGGCAAACGCACACCAGAGCUGAUAAUUUUUUGAUAACGCAAAACUAUUCUUUAGAGACACAGACUCGCUGACAUAUGAAAUUGAAACUGAGGAUGUUUAUCAGGAUUUUUGGAAUGAUAAGGAUAAAUUUGACAAUAGCGACUAUCCUGAAAAUUAUCCAUAUUCUGAUAAAACAAACAAAAAAAGUUAUAGGGAAGCUCAAAGAUGAGACUUCUAGUAUGGCAAUUACUCAUGAUCAAUUCGUCAGAUUAAGAUAAAAAAUGUACUCCCAUAAAAAAGGUAACGACAAAAGUGAAAGAACAGCUAAAGGGAUGAAAAAAAAAAGUCAUAAAGACGUCAAACAUGAAGGCCUAAAAAAUGUAUCAUUCAACAACAAACGAGUGCAUCGUAAAUGAAAACCAUCAAGAGCAACAAUCAUCAACUUGGAGUUUGAGAUCAACAAGGAAUCAGCGUCCUGCUUUGAUGAUAAACGCUACAUCCAUGACAAUAAUAUAACAAGCUAUGCAUACGGCCAUUAAAAAUAAGAAAAACCCAAGUGUUACGCUGCACCUGUGGCGAAAUCACAAGUGUCAUAAGCACAGUCCAAGAGACUGGAACAAAGAAUUCCAAUUCAGCUAAGCCCAAAACAAACUUAAUAUUGUAAUCCUUUUACAUUUUUUUCUUCCUGACUGUUGGUUGGUGAAGGUAUCUAAACUUUCUAGGUAAAUUUAAUUCAAAAAGUAGCCCAAAAAUUUUUAAAUACAAUCCCCUCUUCUAUCACAUGAUAACCUUAAGACUGAUAUCCUCGGGAAAGUCCCUGUUGUAUUACAUCAUAGAUUUCCUGCGUUUCUGAGAGUAUCAAAAUGGAAAAUUGCUGUGAGAUCAUAUCACAAGUCUCCUAUAGUAUUCCAGUGCUUUGAUAUUGUAAAAUGAUAUUACCAAAUGAUUCCAUGAAAUAAUUCCAUAAGAUGAUUUUGUUAAAUAAUCUCCAUAAUAUGGAAAAGUCUAUCACUAUGUGAUCUCGUACUGUCAACUCCUAUUUUACUCAUAUCCUUUGGUACGUCCAUUUGUUGCUCACCUUCUGGUGAAAUUCCCAUCGUUAACUGGACGGAUGAACAAUUAUUUUUCACAGCAAAACGUUAUGGUUUGUACUCGUGAUUGGCUAUUCCGCAGGAGUAUUAUUCAGUCUUAAUCCUUUCAGCACCUAUGAAAUGUAUGAAAUCGAUUAACCGGUCAUUUCAUUUAUUCAUUUUUACCAUUUUUAUUUUAAAUUUAUCCAUUUAUUUAUCUACCUACUAAAUCAUCAAAUUUAUUUUUCUAGUUGUUAGUUGCCGCAUCUUCUGCGUGUUAGUUUACAUCCUUGGACAAUUAAAUUCAUUUAUGGUCACUCGUUUCUUCUUCAGGUACGGUUGGUUAGCUGAUACCACUCGUCGCUACCCAAUGCAAACGAGCAAACCUGGUUGUCGAGGUCGUAUCGGUAUUAUUGGAUCGCCCACUCCUCAAGAUAAGUCCACAACAUCUAAUGCUUGGUGUUAUAAAUAG